AUGGUUUCCUUGGCGACUUGGUGCCGCUACUUAGUCAACAAAUUCGAAUACUCCCUCUCCAUCAGCCGUAAGCACUAUGGGAAAGGUCAAAUUGCUGACACAGAAAUUGCUGAUACAAUUUGGAAGAACCUGUUCCAAGGAAGGCUAACAUAUUUACACUGGAAUAAAGGGGCAGAGAUGGCUCCAACAGUAGGAGACCAAGGGGGGACACUUCUUGUCCGGAAAUUGCCAGCUGCAGAUCCAACGCGAGUUUUUGUUGGAGAUGUCGUGGUCUUGAAGGAUCCUGGCAAGGAUGACAACUAUCUUGUGAGACGAUUAGCUGCAGUUGAAGGGUAUGAGAUGGUGUCUAAUGAUGAAAAAGAUGAGCCCUUUGUUCUUGACAGAGAAGAGUGUUGGGUGUUGGCUGACAAUGAGAAAUUGAAAGCCAAGGAGGCAAAUGACAGUAGGAAGUUUGGUCCUGUUCCAAUGUCAAACAUUGUUGGCCGUGCUAUAUACUGUCUGCGAACCGCUGUGGAUCAUGGCCCCGUGCAGAACAGUGAGGUCAGCAUGGAAAAGGAUAUGUCCGUGUUGGAAGUGGAGCUGGAUGUUGAAGAGAUGGCAAAAAAUCACAAAGCAUAG